UUAAGUGUUUAAAUUCAACGGGAGUUGGUUGUGUCGGGUUUCCACGGAGGGGAACGCUAUUAAAAUAUCCACAAACAUUAUCUUUAAUUGGGCUGAAUUUUGCGCCUGUGUGCGCGGGUUUUUUUUAUCCAGUGUCGCUUUUUUCCGAGUUGAUCACUGUUAUCAGUAUUGUUUAGUGCGGUUAGUGUUGUGAACAAAAAUGACAUCAGUGACGUGACAGUUCGAGAAAAAUCGCCAAUUCGCGAUUCGAUAUCGAAAAUCGGCAAAAAUGACACGUGCCACAUAAUAGUGAUGCGAUUAAAAGUAAUUAUCGCAGUCCCGUUCAUCUUGAUUGCCGACGAUUAACCAAUAACCAAUAUAAUCAUCUCUGAACCGUGACCCCAUCGAUUUCCAAACGUGUUUUUCGGCGUUUCACUUUUUCCGAAUCGGAUUUUUAACGGUUUUUCUGUGUUCACAAACAGUGCGUGCGGGAUUUAGAGAACAUUAUUCUGUGUGACUGUGCUCUAAAAUUGUUGUGGAAAAGUGAUGCUGUGUGCCGUCUGAUUUUUCGAUUUUUCCGCUAAACCAGCGGCUACCCCGGGCCCCCACAAACCCUCAAAAUUACCCGAAUCCAGUCCCCAAAACCCACCCUGAGUUUCUCAGAUCCUUUCGGGCCUCCCACGUCGUCGGACGCGGGGGGCCCUUCCACCCCGCAGCCCGCCAUGACGACCCAGGAGGCCUUAGACCACCACCACCAUUUGGGGUCUCAGACCCCCCAUGACCCGAAUUCGGCGAACUCAACACCGACGAAUGUGUCUUCUAAAUCUGCUUUUAUUGAGCUCCAGCAGCAUGGAUAUGGGUUUAAGGGGGGUUAUCAGCAUCCCCACCAUUUCGGGAGUCCUGGGGGUCAGCAGAACCCGCAUGAGGCCUCAGGGUUCCCUAGUCCGCGGUCGCUGGGCUAUCCUUUCCCUCCUAUGCAUCAGAACACAUACGGGUAUCAUUUGGGGUCGUACGCGCCGCAGUGUUCGAGUCCGCCUAAAGAUGAAAAAUGCGGUCUAAGCGACGACCCCGGCCUCCGAGUGAAUGGAAAAGGCAAGAAGAUGAGGAAACCACGGACCAUAUACAGCAGUCUGCAGCUGCAGCAGUUGAACAGGCGGUUCCAGAGGACGCAGUACCUCGCGCUGCCGGAGCGGGCCGAGCUGGCCGCUAGUUUAGGCCUCACGCAGACCCAGGUUAGUCCAAUGAUAAAUAGCUAUAGGUUAUACUCAUACAAGAAGAUGAGGAAGCCACGGACCAUAUACAGCAGUCUGCAGCUGCAGCAGUUGAACAGGCGGUUCCAGAGGACGCAGUACCUCGCGCUGCCGGAGCGGGCCGAGCUGGCCGCUAGUUUAGGCCUCACGCAGACCCAGGUUAGUCCAAUGAUAAAUAGCUAUAGGUUAUACUCAUACAAGAAGAUGAGGAAACCAAGGACCAUAUACAGCAGUCUGCAGCUCCAGCAGUUGAAUAGACGGCUCCAGAGGACGCAGUACCUCGCUCUGCCGGAGCGGGCCGAGCUGGCCGCUAGUUUAGGCCUCACGCAGACCCAGGUGAGUCCAAUGAUAAAUAACUAUAGGUUAUACUCAUACAAGAAGAUGAGGAAACCAAGGACCAUAUACAGCAGUCUGCAGCUCCAGCAGUUGAACAGACGGUUCCAGAGGACGCAGUACCUCGCUCUGCCGGAGCGGGCCGAGCUGGCCGCUAGUUUAGGCCUCACGCAGACCCAGGUGAGUCCAAUGAUAAAUAACUAUAGGUUAUACUCAUACAAGAAGAUGAGGAAACCAAGGACCAUAUACAGCAGUCUGCAGCUCCAGCAGUUGAACAGACGGUUCCAGAGGACGCAGUACCUCGCGCUGCCGGAGCGGGCCGAGCUGGCCGCUAGUUUAGGCCUCACGCAGACCCAGGUUAGUCCAAUGAUAAAUAGCUAUAGGUUAUACUCAUACAAGAAGAUGAGGAAGCCACGGACCAUAUACAGCAGUCUGCAGCUGCAGCAGUUGAACAGACGGUUCCAGAGGACGCAGUACCUCGCGCUGCCGGAGCGGGCCGAGCUGGCCGCUAGUUUAGGCCUCACGCAGACCCAGGUGAGUCCAAUGAUAAAUAACUAUAGGUUAUACUCAUACAAGAAGAUGAGGAAACCAAGGACCAUAUACAGCAGUCUGCAGCUCCAGCAGUUGAACAGACGGUUCCAGAGGACGCAGUACCUCGCGCUGCCGGAGCGGGCCGAGCUGGCCGCUAGUUUAGGCCUCACGCAGACCCAGGUGAAGAUCUGGUUCCAAAACCGCCGCAGCAAAUACAAGAAGAUGAUGAAGGCGGCGCAGGUGGGGGCUCCGCCGCCGGGCCUAGGGCUCCCGCCGGCCAGCCCGCCCAGCAACAAUCAACUAUUACAUGGCGGCGGCGGUAGCUCGUCCGGCUCGCAGCACUCCCCCGGCGCGUACGCAGGCGCCGCGCAGGCGCACUCGCCCACACCAAGCUCCACCCCCGUCUCUGAGCUGUCCCCAGGGCUAUCCCCCACGGGGACGCCGUGGGACGUGAAGCAGCCCCCACAACCAAAUUGGGACGUUAAGCCAUCGGCAGGACGGUCGCCGGACGGCGCGUCGUGUGACGUCAAACCACCCCACCAGCAGUCGUGGGACCCGAGGGUCGGAUACGGCGCGCCGCCCGGCCCGUGGGACAUGAAAGGCGCGCACGCGCACGCACUCCACCACCAGGGGGCGCCGCAGCCCCACCCCCCCUACGUGCCCCAGUACUCGUGGUACCAAACUGACGCAAACCCUGGACUUUUGACGGUAUGGCCUGCAGUGUAACAGCUCUCUGGCAACGUAAGUUCACGAUAGUGAAAUUCAAAAUGGCGCCCACGACAAAAUGGCGGACUUACCUGCAAGUUAAAAUGACAACUAUGUCAUUUUUAACGCACAAGAGCUGUAAAUGUGAAUUACUUGUAUCGGCACAACCAACUCUAACUAUAAGAAAAUUAUUUAAUAAAAUCAACUAAAAAUCAUUGUAAAUUUUUAUAAUUAACUAAAAAUAAGAUGUAAUUGUUAAAAAAGGUUAUUUGUACAUGUUAUUGGGCAAUUGUGUUUUUACUACAAUUUUGCUUUUUGGUGUUUUUAUUUAUUUUGUCUUACGUCAAAUAUAAGAAAUAAUAGUUCCUAUUAUCAAAUGCCAUUUUAUUUUGGAAAUAAAUAAAAACUUUUGUAAGUUUUUAAUGCUUUUAAAUAUCAAGCUAAAGAUUUAUUUUCGUAUUUGACGUAUGCAAAAGUGUCGAAAUUGUAGGAAAAAUACAAAAAUUGGAGAUGCGACAGAUCCUGAUGUGUCUUUAAUAAACCAUUCCAUUUUUUAUUUAAUUCCCUCCAAGAAUUUACCAAGAAUUAAUUGUUUUAAGAACACCCAAUUGAAUUGCAAUAUUGUAAUUUAAAACCAUCCUGCAUCAUGAAUAUUUGCAUAAUAUUUCACAGUGUAUUAAAAAUAUUUUGUUACUUACUGUAAAUUGAGCAUUGAGUAAUUAUAUAUUCCUGCACUUUUAUGAAAAUGCUCUUAUUUUGAAGAAAAAUGAGCUUUAAUACAUUUAUAUUUAUAUAAAGUAUCCAUUGAACAAGCGGUAACACAAACCAGUCUUUUGUGAUAAAUAAUUUUAAGUUUUAUAGAACAAUAUUGUUUUGAUCUAAAAUUAAUUAAUUUAUUACAGUGUUUGUGCAAAAAUUGUGUUCUGAAUGCAACCUUUUUAUUUAAGCUAUAAAUUUUAUUUUUAAUUUCUACUGCAAUUUCAAUAUUUUAGUCUAUUCGAAACACUUCUACAAAUAUAUUUCACGCUAGAAUAAAAAACUAUUUGUAUCAAAAAAUGUAUCAAAAAGUAGGUAAUUUCAAUUGCUCAAUUGUUUCAAUGUUUAUAUGCAAAAUACAUAUUUAUAUUUUUAAAUUAUCUGUUAGGCAAUUAUAUGUCGUAUAUAAAAAUUAAACAUGUACAUAAUAACAUUGAUGUGUUCUUAUAUUUUGAAAAUAUAAAUGUGUAUUUUAUAUUUUGAAUAGACUAAAAUAUUUAUUCUAUAUGGGACAUUACGGGGAGAAAUUGUAAAUAUAUUUUGUAUUAUAUAGAGAAAUGAAGUAUACAUAUAAAUAUAAGUAGAUAGUUUAAUUACUUUAUAACUACUGUAUUAUAAGGAAAGUGGAUAAGAAAAAAAGUGAAUUAAUUUCUUUUGUCAAAAUAAAAAGAGUAAAAGGC